AUGAAGAUGGUACUGCAAGCUAUAAAAAGCUCGUCGCCGGACGAAGCCAGCAAUAUUGUGGAUUAUCUUCGUUCAGAUUACUCGCUGGAGUAUUUGGUAUCAAUAAUUCAAAGCCGUGGGGGAGGAGAAUUUUCUGAUGGGCCAUCGUCAUCGUUCGCGUCGCCUUCAAACUCUGCGUCCGCUGAGGUGGACAGUCCUCCUAGGAGAUCUGUGGGACCGCAUGCGCAUAGCCCUGAGCGGAAUCAUUCAGCACAAUCCUAUGAUCACCAUAUGGAACUGCCGCCGAUAACAAACCAUCAUGAUCAUCGAAGGUACGGGCCGGCACAAGAAGCAAAGCUACCAGUGUUCGAAGCUUCGCAUGGGUCUAUGCCGCAUCCAUUGGACGAUGAAUAUCGUCGGUUUCCGCCGACUCUCUAA